GAAAUUGCUUCAUCCAGAAUAUAAGAGCGAGGGCCAAAGAUUCUCUGUCUCUCUUUGCAUUCAUCUCAGUAACGACUACAUUGGGAAAUGGCCACUGCAGGAAAGGUGAUCAAAUGUCGGGCUGCCGUUGCCUGGGAGCCCAAUGCUCUCCUGAUGAUGGAGGAAAUAGAAGUCGCCCCACCUCAAGAAGGAGAAAUACGAAUCAAGGUUGUAGCUACAGGUGUGUGUCACACUGACCUCUACCACCUGUUUGAAGGGAAGGACAAGCGAGGUUUUCCCACUGUCUUGGGACAUGAGGGCGCUGGUGUGGUGGAGAGUGUUGGACCUGGAGUCACUGAUUUCAAACCAGGUGAUAAGGUCAUUCCACUCUUCAUCUCUCAGUGUGGAGAAUGCAGAUUCUGCAAGUGCCCAAAAACAAACCUGUGUGAUCGCAGCUGGACAAGUAAUUAUCAUAACAUCAUGUCUGAUCCCACAACACGUUUUACUUGCCGUGGUCAGCCCAUCUUGCAGUUCAUGGGCACCAGUACCUUCUCUGAGUACACCGUCAUGAACCAGAUAGCUGUGGCAAAGAUUCAUGAUGAUGCUCCACUCGACCGCGUGUGUCUGCUCGGCUGUGGCAUCGCUACUGGUUAUGGAGCUGCUGUCAACACAGCUGGGGUUACACCAGGCUCUGUGUGUGCAGUGUUUGGACUGGGUGCAGUAGGUCUGGCUGCCGUCAUGGGCUGUAAAAACGCCGGAGCCUCUCGCAUCUUUGCUGUGGAUAUUAAUGAACAGAAGUUUGAGAAGGCAAAGGUCUUUGGUGCCACCGAUUUUCUGAAUCCAAAAGCAUAUAAUAAACCAAUCUCUGAAGUACUGGCAGAAAUGACCAAUGGAGGAGUGGACUUCUCACUCGAGUGUGUGGGAAACACUGAAGUAAUGAGGAGCGCACUGGAGUCGUGUGUUAAAGGUUGGGGUGUGAGUGUUAUGGUUGGAUGGACUGAUGUGAAGGACUUUUCUGCACGACCAAUUCAGCUCAUAUCUGGAAAAACCUGGAAAGGAUCUCUGUUUGGUGGUUUUAAGAGCAAGGACUCUGUUCCAAAACUGGUUCAAGACUACAUGUCCGGCAAAAUAAAGCUUGACGAGUUUAUAACAAACAAAAUGAGUCUGGAGCAGGUCAACGAUGCCAUCAACCUCAUGAAGACUGGAGAAUGCAUUCGGUCCAUCUUGAAUAUAUCCAAAUGAGAAGCAAAUUAUCUUCACCCAAUCAUAUUCUAGGCCAUGGUUAUAUUCCCUUCAUUCUCUUCUCACUCUUUGCAGUAUUUGAGUAACAGCUGGGUAACCAGCUUCAAGAAAGAGCUUCAAGGAUUCUCUUAAAUAGCAUUUUCCAGCCCUCAGCUUUAUGAAGUGAGUCACAAGUGCAUGUAAACGUUAAUGUUUAGCAUCAUAAACUUCUAUUCAUCUGCAAGGCAAAAUAGUUCUGAGAAGUUUUGCAAGAAAAUGUUAUCUGUGGCAAAUAAACAAGAGAAAAGCAUGUAAAUCA